AAAUGUCAAUGUCAACAACAGCCGUCUGCAAGAGCCACGAUUUUUCGAGUGGAAUGGAAGUAAUUUUAAUUUAAAAUCGACGAAUGUUUACGUGUUCUACGAUCGCAGGAACGAUCUGGAGGAGUAAAAACACAUAUUUAUAAGUUAGAUAAGGGAAAGACUAGUAUCAUUUAAACAAAAGCGCACAAGGCGUACCUAACCAUGCCGCCGAAGAAAGCGGCAGGGGGGGCUGCGGCCAGCAAAAAGACUGAGCAGAAGAAGAAGGAGAAAGUCAUUGAGGACAAGACAUUUGGUUUAAAAAACAAAAAGGGUGCAAAACAGCAGAAAUUCAUCCAACAAGUAGAGAAGCAAGUCAAAAGUGGCGGUAUUCACCCAGCCAAGCCCAUGGAAGACAAGAAGAAGACUAAAGAAGAGAAGUUGAAAGAACAGAAGGAGCUCUCUCUACUGUUUAAACCUGUUCAGACACAGAAGGUUGAGAAAGGUAUUGAUCCCAAGUCGGUGGUGUGCGCUUUCUUCAAGCAGGGCCAGUGCACAAAAGGUGACAAGUGCAAAUUCUCUCACGAUUUGACUAUUGAGAGAAAGGCUGAGAAGAGAUCUCUGUACGUGGACAUGAGAGACGACGAUGAGGACACCAUGGACAACUGGGACGAAGACAAGCUCAAGGAGGUUGUGGAGAAAAAGCAUGGGGACGACAAGCAGCGGCCUACCACAGACAUUAUAUGCAAGCAUUUCUUAGAAGCCGUCGAGAAGUCCAAGUACGGAUGGUUCUGGGAAUGCCCGUCCGGUGGCAAGUGUAUAUACAGACACGCUCUGCCGCCGGGCUUCGUGCUCAAACGGGACAAGAAGAAGAUGGAGGACAAAAAGAACGAGAUCUCUCUGGUGGACCUCAUCGAGAGGGAACGAGCUGCGCUUGGAGUUAAUCAGACCAAGAUCACAUUGGAGACCUUCCUCGCGUGGAAGAAGAAAAAGAUUAAAGAGAAACAGGACGCCCUCAUCAAAGCGGAAGAACAGAAGCGCAACGACUUCAAGGCGGGCCGCGCGGUCGGUCUCUCCGGACGAGAGAUGUUCUCCUUCGACCCGGCGCUGGCCGAGGACGCGGACGACGACGACGAGGCCUUCGACCUGCGCAACUACAACGACGACGAGGAGGCCGAGGACUCGACGGAGUACCGGAACAUCGAGCUGGAUCUUAUCGGCAUGGAGGCCUCGGAGGUGGACGACACUGGCACCAAAGCAACAGAAGACAGACUCCACCAAAUCAACAAGGGUCUGGAAAAUGGAGACAAAGCCCAAGAGGUCAAAAGUGAGGACCCCUCCCCAGACACAGCUGUCCCUAUCAAUGAGAACCUCUUCCUCGAUGAAGACCUUGAUGAGGAGUUACAGAACCUGGAUUUGGAAGACUAGGUUUAGGUUUAAUAGAAUCAAAAUAUCUUAUUGAGCAAAUGGUUUAAAAUCCCAAAAAAAAAACAAGUCCUAAAACGAUGAUAGGAAUAAAUCAUCGAUAAAAUAUCUGAGAUGGAAUAGAUUGUGGAAAAUAAAAUAUCAGAUUUUUAUUUAUA